UGUGUGUGUGUGUGUGUGGGGUGGGGGGGGAUAUAUUCUGUAUUUCCAGCAAUAACACACUGAACACACUGUUGAAGUUGACCUGGCGUAUACGUUGUUUUGAAAAGAGAGUAUUGACUGUGUUCAGGAAAAUUAAGUUAGAUAUGGGUACGUUGCUUAGUCUGUUGAGCCUAUUGUCUUUUGCUUUGUGGCAUGCAUAACAUUUGAUUUGUAGGAUUUAUAGUAAUUUGGUAACAGAUUUGUGAUUCGUAUACUUUGUAAGGCUGGUUGGGACCUCACUUUUCCAGCUCUAGCUUUUCCCUCGUUUAUCUUGACUACAGAAAAAAUAAUAAGUAGAGUAGUUCUUCUGUUGCAAAGAACUCAGACCAUAGCAAGUCAGGGGUUUAAUGCAGUGGAUCCUUAUGUGAAAUCUCUGGGUUUAUCUCGUGAAUCAUGUUUGUACACCUGAGAGUGUUAAUGUGUGGCAACCUGCAUCACCCUUGAAAAGAGCUCGAGGCAACCCAGGGUGCUGCAGCACCCCAGUUGAAAACCACUGGGGUAGAGAGUGGGAUUUUAAAAGGUACAGUUGAAGAGCACUGGUCCCACUAUUGAGUUCCUAAGUGACUUAGGCAAGCUUUGGAAGUUCAGUCAAUGUGUUCAGGACCUUGAAUAACCAUCCUGUGGUGGUGUGCAUUGCACAACACUGGCUAAAACUUCUUUUAUUUUGCAUAUGGGCAGUUCCAUUUAACAAAGUGAGAUUACUUAUGUGUAGGUCUUCCCAUGUUUGAGGUUUGGAACCUUUCUUCCUUUUUGUGUCUUUGUGACAAGGUAUUUAGCAGAGCUCUCAGAUUCACUGCGAUCUGGCAGGUUGCACGAUGAGAACUUCUGCUCGGGCCUUGAAGUUGUGGUCUCUGGGCUGUCAACUGUGGGCCUUGGCACCCACACUGCCCCAGGGCUUGGAGUACAGCUUGUUAAGCGUUUAAAAGGCCACGCAUCAGAAACUAACUCUGCUUCUGCCCCCUACUCUUCCGGAAGUGGAUAGCACGAUGCAUCUCUUUUUGUAAACUAGUUUCCUAAUGUGUUUACAAAUCUGCUCAGGAGGUGUUGGGUUGUUACACGCUUUCAGCAGGGUAAUGAGUAGAUCUCUGCUAGGGUUGAAUCCCACCAGAUUUCGAAUAGGUGACCAAGAGUUUGAUUCAUUGCCAUCUUUACUGGAAUUCUACAAAAUACACUAUUUGGACACUACAACCUUGAUAGAACCUGUUUCCAAAUCCAAGCAGAAUAGUGGGGUUAUCCUGAGACAGGAAGAAGCUGAAUAUGUGCGAGCACUCUUUGACUUUAAUGGAAAUGAUGAGGAAGAUCUUCCAUUUAAGAAAGGAGACAUACUGAAAAUCCGGGAUAAGCCUGAAGAACAAUGGUGGAAUGCAGAAGACAGCGAAGGAAAGAGAGGAAUGAUACCUGUUCCUUACGUCGAGAAGUAUAGACCUUCCUCUGCUUCAGUAUCUACUCUGAUUGGAGGUAACCAGGAUAGUUCCCACCCACAACCACUGGGUGGGCCGGAGCCAGGGCCCUAUGCCCAGCCCAGCAUCAACACUCCGCUCCCUAACCUUCAGAAUGGCCCUAUUUAUGCUCGGGUUAUCCAGAAGCGAGUCCCUAAUGCCUACGACAAGACAGCCUUGGCUUUGGAGGUCGGUGAGCUGGUGAAGGUCACAAAGAUUAAUGUGAGUGGUCAAUGGGAAGGAGAGUGUAAUGGUAAACGUGGUCACUUCCCAUUCACACAUGUCCGCCUGCUGGAUCAACAGAAUCCCGAUGAGGACUUCAGCUGAGUGUGACUCAACAGUUUUGCUUCCAGAUGGGAACAAUCUCGCUUUGUUUCACUGCAGCUGCCAUUUUAGACUGUGUACCUACAGAUGUUCAAAGCAGGAUUGCUUAUAUAAGCAUUCAGAUACCUGCAAACCCCUGGGACUGAACACCAUCAUUCCUUAAUUAAAGGUCAUGUUAUUCGGGGUACGAAAGUAGAUAACUUGUUUGUCAAGUGGCAGUACUACUAUAUGAUUACAGGUUGUAAUGCCUGCUUGUGUCCAUACAGAGGGAAGACUGUACCUUGGCUCCAGCAACAAGUGGAGAAAGCAACAGCGCAGCUAUGGGAUAAUAGCAUUUGUAGCUUUUUCCAGUCUUGUUGCCUCUUUCACUGACAAAGCAAGUCAACCUUAAACAAACAAAAACAAACAACAAAGCAACCUAUAGGUAGGAAUUUCACGUUCAGUUUCUCCUGGAGCUUUUUCCACUUUCUCGUUCAAACAUUUCUGCCCUAAUAAGUUGGCAUACUGUUUUGCAUGGUGAAUAACCUAUGCACAGAGCAAAUAUAUUUUUAAAUGUAGAACACACAUUGGGAUAGCUUUGCUUUACAGGUAAUUACUGUUUUAACGUUGAAGGACAGAUCGAGUCCACUUGCUGAUCUUUUAAAAGAGUUUGAGGACACUAGAGAUUUAUUUCUUCAGUACUGUUGAUGCUUCAGAUUCUGCUAGUAGCUGAUUUAACUUCAAAUUAAGACAUUAAUACAAGACAAUAUUUUUACCCACAACUAUAAACUUAAGGAAGUAUAGACCACAUCAGUGCUGAGAAAUGUGCAUAGCACUUUAAUAUAUAGCUUUAAGGCAGUAUUUCAUUCAUUAAGUCUACUAACAUUCAGCACUGAUGUCAAAAUGACAUAACAAACUAGCCAGAUGUAGUAGAGAAUUAAAUUAUUUAGGGCAAUUACAUAUUUUUCCUAUCCUUAAUGAAUCCUUGCACAGAUCAGAUUGCUAUUACUUCUUUAACUGACAAACCAAGUUUAUUUUAAAAGCAUUUUAGGGACACUUCUGGUUUUGGUUUUCAUCUGUAAAGCCUUCAACAAUAAAUUUAUAAGAAAUUUUAUUUUUAAUAAAAUAAUGGAAGAUGCUUAGUUGUGCUUUUGGUCUGAUUCUAAAAAUACGUAAGAUGUUUCAUAGUUCACAACAAAAAUGAGUGCAUUAAGUGUUUUAUGUCGUGUAUUAUUUGGAUUUUCUGCUUUUUCUACUAACCUAUACCUGGUUUUCUUUAACACAAAUUACAGUGGAUACAUUAUUUUUUGGUUUGUUUUAAACUAAAACUAAACACUGAGAUAACAACCCCUUGCAUGCAUCUUGGACUGAUUUCUUUUGGAAUACAGUGAUUCAGUGACCAAAACAGCCAAAGGUGAAAAACAGUUUUGAAUAUAUCGUGACCCUGUCUGACAGGGUAUUUUCAGAUUCUGUCAAAAUAAACAAAUAAAUAGCAAUAGAACGUCUCUUAACCCUUAGUUGUAAAUGUAGCAAGGGCUACUUCCCGCCACAGAGGCUGCUGCAGCAGGCCACAGGUAAUGUUUUACCUGAGAAAUAUUAAACUGCUGAAACAGCCAUGUCUUCUCCUUUUUCUAUUUGUAAUUAAACAUUUGUUGACCUUUCCCCCAGCCCCGACUUAGAAUCAUAGACUCAUAAGGCUGGAAGGGACUGCAAAGGAUCAUCUGAGAACUCAGGUCAGUAUGUCUGCCCCAUUUUCAUUAAGGAAAUGGGUGCAGAAUAAUACUGUAGAGCAAGCCUGAUGCACACUAAUGAAUCCUUUCCCCUCCCCAUCCCCAGCUUUCUUAAACCUUGUGGAAAACUGACAACUAAUUUGUCCUUGUGGCAGUGACUUAGAGAUGAUCAUAAUGAGAUUACAUUACUAUUGAAUCCCCAGGCCUUGAUGGUGGGAUUGCACGUACUAGCACAGAAAGUGCUUCCAAAAUGCUGAAAGAUGUUUUAAUAAUGAGUUUAGUAAAAUGUUAGUUUCUUUACAGCUGAUUUGUAUGAUUAUUUUUUUGGACCCUGCUACUUACUGGAACUGAACACUCAAUGCCUGCAGCUCUAAACCCAGAGCUUCCUAAUUGCCUUGUAUGUGCAUUUAUUUUUCUUCAGGUAUUAGAAAAGGAUAAUUAGGCAAAGGAGAGAUGUGCUCAGUGUUCUCAGUAGGGCAGUACAAUUUAGUCUAUUUUAAAUUGAUUCUUUCUGCCACAGUACAGAACGCUAGCCCAUACAUUCUUGGCACGCACACACGCAACCCCCCCCUCCCCCCACAUAUCUUCUGAAAGAAAUGUUUUAUUAUGUCCUUUUUUAAUCUAGAAGGAGAGAUGGGAAUUGUUAUUACUAAGUAAGUGAAUGGUCCUACUAAGGUUGUAGCUAGGCUCUUGUGAAGACUUUAUAAUCACAAAUUCUUAAACACUGACAUGGCAGAAAAAGUCUUAAUUGCUGAUGUUGCUGCAGACUUCUAAGUUUUUGUCCAGCAUUUUUUCUUAGCCAGCUAGUACAUUACUGCAAACAUUCCGCUAUUUAUUGAGUUUUCAGCUGGAGUUUAGGUUUAUUCCACAGAUGGCAGACCUAAAGGAUGUUUGCAUUUGUACAAAAUAGAGGUAUCAACCUCUCGUCAGGUUCUCCAAGGACAGUUGAAAUGGACUUCCAUAAAUAUAUAAGUGAAAUCCUCUUGUGGCCUUUGUCACUCCUAUUCCACAUCUCCCAGUCUCUGAGGGGGUGGAGGGAACCUCUUUUUUUCCAUCAUCUCUGCUUGGCUGCAGUUGUAAGGGGGGGGGGGUGUGCGCGUGUGGGUGUGUGUGUGUGUGUGUCCAUGCAUAGGCAGGUGCUAAAACAAAAAACGUAUUUCUAGAAAUACAGCAUGAAAGCAGAAGGCGCAACUACACUGUGUUCUGGUGCAUUUACACAUUUUAUCACACUAAAUAAAAUACAACUUGGCUGCUAUGGUUUUAUUUCAGUAAUCCCCAACUUUUUAAAACUACUUUUUGAACUGGUAACGGUCUCGUUAAUCUGUUUGAGUUGUUUGUGUUAAUGCAAAUACUUCUAAUCAUCUUGGAGUAAAAACACUUCAUUUUCUUAAUGAUUGCGGGGGGGGGGAGAGGUCAAGGAAACCAGUUUGAAGCAAAAAUAUAUGAACAUGUGCCAUUGUAUUAUAACACUAUCCACUUUCUUGACAGUAAAAAUUCUUUUAAUUUUUUUGUAGCAUGUAAUGUAUAUGUUCAUAGUAUGUGAAGUAAAUAAAAAAAAAUAGCCAAAAAAAUG